AUGUCCAAGUUAUUUUGUGGCCCAGAAGGCAAAGAGAUGAACAUCUACAUAUCCAUAAACGGGGUCGUCAACAGGCCUCGAGUCUGCCGCCGGAUAAAGUCGAAUGGGGGUCGCAUAUGCAACGACGCCCUCAAUUCGGACGUUAUCCUGGUCGAGCCUUCGACGGGCGACGGCCAAGAGAUGGUCCACUUCCGUGGAAAAAGCCAGCCCGUCCUUGGGUAUCGAUGGGUCGAGGCGUGCAUUAGAGAGGAGAAGUUCCUCGGGGCUGAAGAGAACUGGGGUGGAUAUCGUAUUCAUGACUCCGGGGAGCCUCUAGAGCUGCGCGGUGAAGAGGACGAAGAUGAGGGCGAGGGCGAGGAGCCGGAUGUAGAUAUGCAUUCGGGCCCCAGAAACAUCUUGCCCACUCCUAGACACACCCCAACCUCCCCAGCCGUUUCACAGCCUCCGCCAUCCCAGCCCUCGUACCAGUCACCCCCUCUGCCUUUUAGCACUCCCGCCCCCUCUAACAUCCCAACGAUGCAGCCCAUGCCUGCCAUGUAUCCCAGCACUCCGUUUCCGCAAGCCACCCAGCCCAUAGAUCCUCAGGCCGUGACUCAGAUGUUCCAGGCCUUCAUGAUGGCCGCGAUGUCCCAAGGUUAUGCUGCCCCAUCUCCCACCUUCGCCUCAGGUUCCACGACAGCGGCCCCGCCCCCGAGUCAACAACCACGGAAGGGUAAAGCAAGAGCAACCCAGCCCGAGGCGCUCAACCCCAUAUUCAAGGAGAACGGCAAGCCCCUCACCUUCUUCGUUCAAGUCGAUUUGAAGAACAGGAUUUCGGUGAUAUCUAAUAUCAAGAAAUACGGCGGCAAGAUCAUCAGCAACAACUGCGAUGCCGACUACGCGGUACUACAUGCAGGCUCGAAGAUGUUCCCCCAGCUAUUAUCUGGAACGACCGAUGCAGGGAGGCCCGCUGUCAAGGCCUCUUUCAUAACCGACUCGAUAGCUUCAGGUGAGCUCGAGGACGCCUCCGCAUAUCAAUUUGAUGUGCCUCUUAAAGAUAAGAAACGCGCCUCGACGAGUACUAUCGAGACUCCCAGACCGAAGCGAAAGGGCCCGAACCUAGUCAAAGUGGAGCAAGCGGACGUCACACCAUCGCUGCAACCACAGAUCGGUAUACGUAGUGCAGCCAAAAAGCGCAAGAUUUCGACACCGACACCAAGCCCUGCUCGCAGCACUCCGUCUCCGACCCCGCCGCCAGAAAGUAGUCGUGUCGAAAUGGCACCAGGGAUGUACAGGUACACAGAAGACGAGCAGGCCUUCAUGUUCCGAUACUUUGAGUACCUGGUGCAGUUCGACGGAACGACGACGACGGCUCUAACGGCCAAGCGCCUUUAUGAAAGGAUGCCUCAUCAUACCAUUAAGUCAUGGUCGGAAUACCUACGUUCCCACCGUGUUGAACUCGAAGCCAUACGGAAGCGCAUCGGGAUAGCAAAGCGAAAGGCGCAACAACUUCCCAACAGCCAGCGUGAAUCACCGUCCCCGCCAAAUAUCAAAACUCCCUACGAUAUCGACAUGGAUCAUUUCUGCACAUUCUUCGCUUUCGGUCACGGUGAUAAUCUGGAGGAUGAGAUGGUCUGGGACAAGCUGGACAAAUUGCAUAAAUGCCAGACGGAGCCGUCAUGGGCUGCCUUCAACGACCGGCAUAACAAGGUUAUAUUCGAAAGGGUCAAAGAGAUGACAAGGUCAAGUGGUUAA